CACUCCUGAUUGGUCUCGCGCAUUGCGCGCCUGUGUGCCUGGCGCCUGCGCAGAGCGGCUCGCCGUGGAGUGGAGAUGUCUAGCCGGUCUAAGAGGGAAUCUCGUGGUUCUGCCCGCGGCAAACGCGAGUCUGAGUCGCGGGGCAGCUCAAGUCGUGUCAAGAGAGAGCGAGAGCGGGAGGCCGAGGCGGCGAGCUUUCGGGGCAGCCCAGUGCGCGUGAAGCGAGAGGCGGAUCCAGCAAGCGCCCGCGAGGCCCUGGCACCCGCCUACCCGGUGGUGAGGGUGAAGCGGGAGCGCGAGGCGGACGAGGACUCGGAGCCCGAGCGGGAGGUGCGAGCUAAGAAUGGCCGAGUGGAUUCUGAGGACCGGAGGAGCCGCCACUGCCCAUACCUGGACACCAUCAACAGGAGUGUCCUGGACUUUGACUUUGAGAAACUGUGCUCCAUCUCCCUCUCCCAUAUUAACGCAUAUGCCUGUUUGGUGUGUGGCAAAUACUUUCAGGGCCGAGGUUUGAAGUCUCAUGCCUACAUUCAUAGUGUCCAGUUUAGCCACCAUGUCUUCCUCAACCUCCACACUCUGAAGUUUUACUGCCUUCCAGACAAUUACGAAAUCAUCGAUUCCUCGCUGGAAGAUAUCACGUAUGUGUUGAAACCCACUUUCACGAAGCAGCAAAUUGCCAACUUAGACAAGCAAGCCAAAUUAUCCCGGGCUUAUGAUGGCACCACUUACCUGCCUGGUAUCGUGGGACUAAAUAAUAUUAAGGCCAACGAUUAUGCCAACGCUGUCCUUCAGGCUCUGUCUAAUGUCCCUCCUCUCCGCAACUAUUUUCUGGAAGAAGACAAUUAUAAGAACAUCAAGCGUCCUCCGGGGGAUAUCAUGUUCUUGUUGGUACAGCGUUUUGGAGAGCUGAUGAGAAAGCUGUGGAACCCUCGCAAUUUCAAGGCGCACGUCUCUCCUCACGAAAUGCUUCAGGCUGUUGUCCUUUGCAGCAAGAAGACUUUUCAGAUCACCAAGCAAGGGGAUGGAGUCGACUUUCUGUCCUGGUUUCUGAAUGCCCUGCACUCGGCUCUGGGGGGCACGAAGAAGAAAAAAAAGACGAUCGUGACUGACGUUUUCCAGGGCUCCAUGAGGAUCUUCACUAAGAAACUUCCCCAUCCUGAUCUGCCCGCAGAAGAGAAAGAACAGCUGCUGCAUAAUGAUGAGUACCAGGAGACGAUGGUAGAGUCCACCUUCAUGUACCUGACCCUGGACCUCCCCACCGCCCCGCUCUACAAGGAUGAGAAGGAGCAGCUCAUUAUCCCCCAGGUGCCACUCUUCAACAUCCUGGCCAAGUUCAACGGCAUCACUGAGAAGGAAUAUAAGACUUACAAGGAGAACUUCCUAAAGCGCUUCCAGCUCACGAAGCUCCCUCCAUAUCUGAUCUUUUGUAUUAAGAGAUUCACUAAGAACAACUUCUUUGUGGAGAAGAAUCCAACUAUUGUUAAUUUCCCUAUUACAAAUGUGGACCUGCGGGAGUACUUGUCUGAGGAAGUACAGGCAGUACACAAGAACACCACCUACGACCUUAUUGCCAACAUCGUGCAUGACGGCAAGCCCUCUGAGGGUUCCUACCGCAUUCACGUACUCCACCACGGAACGGGCAAAUGGUAUGAGCUGCAGGACCUCCAGGUGACUGACAUCCUCCCCCAGAUGAUCACGCUGUCGGAGGCGUACAUUCAGAUUUGGAAAAGGCGAGAUAAUGAUGAAACCAAUCAGCAGGGGGCUUGAAGGACGAGUGCAGGAGCCUGCUCCC